CUUAGCUGGAAAGCACUCUGUGUAUACUGGCUCCCACUAUCUCGGUGCUAGUUGGCCAAAGUUUGCCACACUGCUCACAUUCUUCUACUACAAUGGCGGAUGUAGCGAAAAAAGUACCAGAAAAGAAGGUCGCAAAGACCGAAAAGGUACAAAAGAAGAAAGUGAAAAAGGAGCCAAAAGAUGCUUCAAAAAAUGUAAUGCGAGAAGUACGUAUUAGAAAACUGUGUUUGAAUAUUUGUGUUGGAGAGUCUGGUGACAGAUUGACACGUGCUGCCAAGGUAUUAGAGCAACUGACUGGUCAGCAACCUGUGUUCUCUAAGGCUAGAUAUACUGUACGUUCUUUUGGUAUUCGUCGUAAUGAAAAAAUCGCUGUACAUUGUACUGUUCGUGGUGCAAAAGCUGAAGAAAUCCUUGAACGAGGAUUAAAGGUACGUGAAUAUGAAUUAAAAAAAGAAAAUUUUUCUGGAACUGGUAAUUUUGGUUUUGGAAUUCAAGAACACAUUGACCUCGGAAUUAAGUACGAUCCCAGCAUUGGUAUUUAUGGGUUAGACUUCUAUGUUGUACUUGGACGUCCAGGAUUCAACGUAGCUCACAGAAGACGAAAAACUGGUAAGGUCGGUUUUCAACAUAGACUUACCAAAGAAGAUGCGAUGAAAUGGUUCCAGCAAAAGUAUGAUGGUAUUAUUAUAGCUGGAAAAAAGUAAUGUUGUCUAAUUUGUAUGUACUACAUCCUUAAAAUACAAUUUAAUAAAACUAAAUUAUUGAUCUAUUA